AGUCUAGUUAGUGCUGAUAAUAAUCUACACUUGAAAUGUCUGCUAAAAUUUACUUCGUGGCUCAUUUGCUCAAAGUAUUAAUUUUCUUUUUGUGCUUAAGAAUUUCGCACAGCGGAAGGAUUAGAAGGAUUGUAAACGGAAUGCCUGUGUUGUGCGGCGAGCAGCCUCGCGUCGCAUCCAUUCGGAACUCUACCACCGGUCAGCACCUUUGUGGAACUACCCUCGUAUCGCCAGAAUUCGCCAUAACAGCAGCCCAUUGUGUUCUGCAGCCAGUCGACCAAUACGUUCUGCGGUUGAACAAUUACUGCGUUGGUGAAAACGAGACCUACCCUGAAGCAGACGUAGUAGACAUCAUUAUCUACGAUCAGUAUGACAGGUACUCGUCGACGCAUGAUAUAGCCAUCCUGCAGAUACGGCUCGAACUAAACAAUGUAACUUGGUUAAACGAGUCUGUGUUGCCAGCGUCGUCAUUUGGUUUAUCGAGUGAUGACUGCUCGAUAUACGGCUACGGGUACACGAAUCCCCUUACGACAGAAGUUUCAGAGAGGCUACUCGAAGGCAGAGUAGAGACGAUGUCGCUGGAUGAAUGCAUAGAGCGACUCGGACCGUACGUUGCCCCAGCGUACGACAGCGGUAUGAUGUGCGCAGUUGGAGAGAGCGGGGCCGACGCGUGUCAGGGUGAUUCCGGAGGUCCUCUAUUCUGUGGUAACAGUACCAUUUUACAAGGCGUAAGUAGCUACGGAAUGAGCUGCGGCGUGUCUGGUCUUCCAGGAGUGUACACGAGUAUAGGCGCUCAUCUGAACUGGAUCCGUACUGUUCUGAACAAGGGAACACAGAAUCAGACGACAGAAUAAAAAAGAUGAUUUCAUUAAAUUCUUUAUUUUCACAA